AUGCGUGUCUCGCUCAUUGCUGUUGCGGCUGCCACCGUACCUCUCGCAGUCUCUGCAGCCGGAACCCUUGGUUAUGCGCUGGGUGCCAGACACUCCGAUGGGACGUGUAAAACUCAGCAAGACUAUGAAGACGAUUUUGACGUUCUCAGCAAACUAUCGCCGAACCCAUCUAGCACACCUCUGAAACAGCUUGAUCCACACACUGAGAAACUCCCCAUUGUCAGGACAUAUUCCCAGGUCGAUGGAGCGAUCCAAGAUACGCCUUGUAAUGUGUCUGCUGUCAUACUUCCUGCCGCUCAAGCAAAAGGUUUCCAAGUCGUCGUCGGCCUAUGGGCUGAGGCGCUCGAUGCUGACAUCAAGGAAUUCCACACAUACGCCAAACAGUAUGAAUCAACCGUCUAUGCUGUCACCGUGGGAUCUGAGAGCCUUUAUCGAUACUACCACGAAACAGACGGCCAUACCACUGGUCUCAGUAAUGACGAGCUCAACACCGCGAUCAAUGAUUACACUCAGGCCAUGCUCGACUUAGACCUCAAAUUCCCAGUUGGCACAGCCGAUAGUUGGAAUGUAUACAAUGAUGGAACUGCCGAUGUUGUCGUCCAAAACACGAAUGUCUCAAUUUUGCUCGUGAACGCGUUCGGGUAUUGGCAGGACGUGUCCAUCUGCAACGCAAGUCUGACCUACUUCGACGACCUGACGCAGGCAUACACACACAUCAGUACGGUAGCUGGCCGCCCCAUAGAAAUCUGGAAUGGCGAGACUGGAUGGCCAACAACUCCCGGAGCCAGCUACGGAGCUGCUGUAGACGGCAUCAACGAAGCUUACACCUUCUUCAAGCAAGGUGUAUGCGCUCUGCUUGGCUGGAAUAAAAACGUCUUCUAUUUCGAGGCCUUCGACGAACCGUGGAAACCAGCCAGUACCGGUUUGAGCAAUCAGACUGAACCUGAAACUGGAUGGGGACUUUUCAACUCGGAUCGAACGCCCAAGUUUCCUAACAAUGACUACUCCUGCACUUUUGAUACAAUGGAGACCAACCCGAACAUCCUAUGCUAG